AUGAAGGUUGACGUCAGAUUCGAUAAUUUCCGUUUUGACAGCGACAUCUUGCAGACGCACGUCGACACUGAUGUUUUAGACUGCGCCUUUCAGUGUUCAGUUAAUGUUAAUUGUUUGUCCAUUCAGUAUCGGAGAUCGGUGGGCCACUGCCGAAUGUUCAACUCUGUUGUCAUCUCACUCGCGGGGUCGUCUGUUGAGGAUGGCUGGAGGUAUUACCUUAAAGUCGGAGGAAAAUGCCCGGAUGACUUCACAUAUUCUGGGAUUGAUGGUCUUUGCUUCCACGAUGGCGGAGAGCGAACAAAAGAGGCGGGAAGAGAGUACUGUGACACGCUGGGUUCCGGUCUGGUUCCCGUUACUACGCCGGGGAUACAAGCGUUUAUAGAGGCUCUUUUAGAAAAGGCAACUCCUUCCUAUUCAUCGACAAAAUCCGCUUACAUUCAAGGGAAUUGGAACUCAUCACACUGGGUAGAUGAUAAUGGACAUGAGCUAGGUUACACAAAAUGGAAGGAUGUCGGUUAUCUCAAACCCGGACCGAAAGUAGACAGUAUCAAGAUCAAGCAAUUUAACACCGGGUAUUUCUGGGCACUAACAUCCAGUGGGAGGCGCUAUGUCAGAAAUGUUUUCUGUGGAAUGAUAAUUGAUUAG